UGUUUUGGUAUUUUAUCUUUAUUUAAGUAGCAGAUUUUGCUUUAUAAUGAGUGAAAACUUUCAAAAUUGUUGUCGAAUAUGUCUAGAUGUAGAUUCAGAGCACGUAUCCAUUCUUCAGGAUUCUAUUAUCCAUCUCCACGUGAAGUCUUGCCUUGCAAUGACUAUUUCGGCAACAGAUACGCUUCCGAAAGAAAUUUGUGGUUCCUGUGUUUCACAAUUAAGUGAAUUCUACAACUUCCAACUGAAUGCACGCUGCUCACAAGACUGGUUGGAAUCUUCUGCUGAAGAACAGUCAAAAAAAUCGACUGAGACCAAGACGCCUAUUCAGCCAUUACCUGACUCUGAAUACAACUCGGAUUCGCUCUUAGAGUUUUUAAAUAAUACUGCUAACAUAGAGGAGUACUUACACAACUUAGGAAAGGAAGAUAUACCAUCUAUAGUGAAUAUGUUGGAUAGGAAUAAUGAAAAUUCAAUGGAUGGAGUCAGUAAAAUCUUACAUGCUAAAUCAAUGAAAAACACUAGUCCAAAAAAGAAAGAUAAGAUUAAAACUGGCUUAAGCAUGGAGGUAGAUGUACUAGACUCUGAUAUAGAAAUAGUACAGGAAAUUUUAAUGAAAGAAACUCCAAAGAAAAUUGAAACAAAACUUUUAGAAGGAAAUGUAUGCUUUGCUUGUAGAAUGAAGUUUGAUACUAUUCAAAAGCUAUCCCAACACAUAAGUAUUUGUGAUAAUGCCACUAGAACUUGCCUUGAAUGUGGUCUUCUCUGUGAUUCUAGAAGAAAAAUGCUGCAGCAUAGAAUGUCCCACAAUACUUUAAUGCCACUGACUUGUGCUUGCGGAAGACGGUUCCAAAGUGAAGAGUUACUAACGGACCAUUUCCGAGUCUGUCAUAUUGAUUACAUGGCGUUGCUCGGUUGUAAUUUUCGGUGUAAGCAAUGUGGCGAGUGUUUUAAGGAGAGGUUUCAGUUGUACCGGCAUGCGAGGGCACAUAUAAUGAAGGCUCAAGAAAGGGCUUGUGAUAUUUGUGGGCACAACUUUGUUGGGGAUGAGGCACUUUCAAAACAUAAGCUUGAAGAACAUAAUAAAAGUGAUAAAACUCUGUAUAGAUGCAAAGUCUGUGGUAUAACCUCAUCAAACCGUAAAGAGAUCUACACACACAUAUUAGGCCACACAGCCAAAACAGAACCCACCCGUCACCUCUGUGAAUCCUGUGGCCGCAGCUUCAGCACUCACACAUCUCUAGCCCGACAUGGUGUUCUACAUAAAAGUACUUUCAGUUGCACUUUGUGUGAGGAGAAGUUUACAUGUGUGCGUUUGAGGGACCAGCAUAUGUUACAGCAUAGGGAAAUGAUGAUGUGUGAGAGAUGUGGGAAAAAUAUUUAUUGCUGUGAGUUGGAAAAGCAUUUAUGCUUUUGAUUAGAGAGCUAUGCAACCUGGUUUAAUUACACAAAUUUCUCUUAGUUUAGAAACCCAUCUGGAGACCAUCCAUGCAAGAUUCUCAAAUUGUCUCAAUGCGUCUGGGUAAAUACCUGGACAUUUUCAGUGGUAGGGGGUAUUCUUAUAUGUUGGCCACAUAGGCACAGAAUAAAUAACAGUACUAGGUAACGAAUCGAAGUCAUAAGAGAGAAAACUGGAGUAAAAGACAUAAUAUACGCAAUAAAAAAGAGCAAAUGGGCCUGGGCUGGCCAUAUAUGUCGAACAACGGAUAACCGGUGGACUAAACGUGUCACAGAAUGGUCACCAAUAGGAAUAGCGAGAAAGCAAAAAAGACCAAAUAAAAGAUGGAGAGACGAGCUAGUGAACUUCAACAGAUACUGGUGGAGAACAGCACAGGAUAGGAAGGAAUGGGAGAAACUGGGGGAGGCCUUUUCGGCACAAGCGACAUGCAAAUAAUAAACCAAUAUGAAAUUUUAUGUAAUUGUAAAAAAGAAGCAUGAAAUAAAGGCUAUUACUUACUUAAUUACUUACUAGGUACAGACGAUUAACUCU